AUGGGAGGAGGCGGUGGACCAGGAGUCGCACGAACAGGGAACCACCAUGGCCACGGGGGGAACGGAGCGAACGCGCACACGCCGUGUCCCCCGGCGGUUGUGAACAAGGUGUACAGAGUCGGCCGAAAGAUUGGCAGUGGGUCAUUCGGGUGUCUAUACGACGGCGUGGACAUACGCGAUGGCCGUGAAGUGGCGAUUAAGCUCGAACUGGCGAGCACAAAGCACCCGCAACUCAUCUACGAGGCGAAGAUCAUCCGCCUGCUCCAAGGGGGAGUGGGCGUUCCGGUGUGCUACCACUACGGCGACGAGGGCGAGUGGCACGUGAUGGUGAUUGAUCGACUUGGCCACUCUCUGGAAGAUCUCUUCAAUCUCUGCAAGAGGAGCUUUUCUGUGGAGACGGUGCUUCAUCUCGGCAUUCAGAUGUUGGACCGAAUCGAGUACAUCCACAAACACCACUGCAUUCAUCGCGACAUCAAGCCCGACAACUUCCUGGUGGGGCGCGGAGACAAUGCAAAUGUCGUUUACCUCAUCGACUUUGGACUCGCCAAGAAGUUCCGUGACCACACCGGGAGACACAUCGUCUACAAAGAAGGAAAAAACCUCACUGGAACCGCCCGCUAUGCUUCACUUGCAACUCAUCUGGGCAUUGAACAAGCACGUCGAGACGAUCUCGAAGGCUUGGGCUACGUGCUCAUUUAUUUCCUUCGAGGCUCUUUGCCGUGGCAAGGCUUGAAAGCGACUUCGAAGCGCGACAAGUACAGCAAAAUUACGCACACAAAGAUGAAUGUGGAUAUCAACGCUCUCUGCGAAGGCCUCCCCUCUUGUUUCUCAGAAUUUCUCUCGUACUGUCGGGCGCUCCAGUUCACUGACGCCCCCAACUGCAGAUACCUCCGUCGUCUGUUGACAGACGCGCUGGCGGAGCGUCGAUCGCGGAAGUUCGCAUUCGACUGGGCACCGCUUCUGUCUGCCUGCUGCUGUUGCAUUUGUCGCCCGGCGGUCAUGCCCGCCGCGCUGUCUCCGCCCGCUCUCGCGCAUCACGCAGGCGUCGCGCCUCCGGUCCACACCCUGCUUCCGCAGCAAUCCCCUCACCUGGUGCUGCACCACUCGUACGCGCCGGUGGUGUCUCCGCGCAGGGGACAGAAUGUCCCCGUCUCGCUGGCCCCGCGGGCCGGAGGCGGACAAGCCGGAGGCCGGUGCCCGGGGCGGGGCCCGGACGCGGGGCGUCUCUUUCUGGGGUUCGCCGACGACGUGCUUCGGGGCGCGCCGGCGUUGCCUGGCGCGAAGAAGGAGGGAAACUGUCUAGUGGAUCUCGAGGAGGAGAAGCUGGCUUGCCUCCGGAACGAGCGCACAGACCACACGGGCAUGCGCUACGUGGGGAAACAGGCGGCAGGCGCCGUGCAGCCCCACGGCCCCCGGCAGUGCUACGGCGGCCAACUGUGUGCCUCGCCAGCGCUCCUGGUCUCGUCCCUCCCUCUGCUUCGGCCGACCCCACAAACUGCCAAUGGGACGACGCCCCUCGGGGCGCACGCGCAGCCCGCGCGCCUGUCCCCUGGUCGCGCACCCGUCGUUGUCGGAGUCGCGCAGUCGCUGGGUCUCGACCUCUCGGCGGUUGCCGCAGCGGCCAACGUCGGCGGCGCGAUGGACCUCGUCGCCUGCGCCCCCGCCGUCUCCCCUCUCGGAGACGACCGAUUGGGCCGCGACUUCUUCGAGCCCCAGAAAUCCCACUUCCACGCGGUGCUCCAUUAG